AUGUCCCGCUCGGUCCUCUUCGUCUUCCUCCUGCUCCUCUACCUCCUCCCGGAGCCCUCCCUCUCGCUCAACCAGGAGGGCCUCUUCCUCCUCCAGUUUAAGAGCGGGCUGGACGGCCCCACGGGCGCCCUCUCCGACUGGAACCCCCGCGACGUCACCCCUUGCAACUGGACCGGCGUCUCCUGCACCGCCACCGGCGCCGUCGCCGGCCUGAACCUCUACAACCAGAGCCUCCAGGGCCCCUUCGACCCUGUCCUCUGCCGCCUCCCUUACCUCUCCAACGUCUCCCUCUCCUACAACUACAUCAACUCCACCCUCCCUGACGCCGCCCUGUCCCGAUGCUCCGCGCUUGCCGACCUCGACCUCUCCAUGAACUGCCUCGUGGGUCCCCUCCCCGCCGCCCUCGCCUCCCUUCCCCGCCUCCGCCGCCUCAACCUCGACUCCAACAACUUCUCCGGGCCCAUCCCCGCCGCCUUCAACGGCUUCCCCGUCCUGGAGAGCCUCUCCAUCGUCUUCAACCUCCUCACGGGCACAAUCCCCGCCGUCCUCGGUGAGAUAGGGACCCUCCAGGAACUCAACCUGGCAUACAACACUUUCUCUCCGGGGCCCAUCCCGCCGGAGAUUGGGAACCUCUCCGCCCUCCGGAACCUCUUGCUGACCGACUGCAAGCUCAUCGGCAGCAUCCCACCGUCCCUCGGCAACCUCCGCAAACUCGCCAAUCUCGACCUCUCUAUGAACAACCUCGAGGGGCCGAUCCCCGAGACUCUGACGGAGCUCUCCAGCGUCGUCCAGAUCGAGCUCUACAAGAACUCGCUCACCGGGCACAUCCCCGAAGGCCUGGGCAAGCUCCCCGCCCUCCGCCGCUUCGACGCCUCCAUGAAUCUCCUGGAGGGGACCAUACCGCCGAGCUUCUUCGACCUCCCGCUUCUCGAGAGCUUCCACCUUUACCAGAACCACCUCGCCGGCGGACUGCCGGCAAGCAUCGCCAGGGCCGGGAGCCUUUCGGAGCUCAGGCUCCACAUGAACCGUCUGAAUGGGACCCUACCGCCGGACUUGGGCAGCAAGUCCCCUCUCGUCGUGGUGGAGCUCUCCCAGAAUCAGUUCUCCGGGGAGAUCCCCGGGAGCAUCUGCGACAGGGGCUCGCUGGAGCAGCUCAUGCUCAUCGGCAACUUCUUCUCCGGAACACUGCCGGAGGGCCUCGGCCGGUGCAAGACCUUGUGGCGGGUUCGUCUCCGGAAGAACCUCCUCUCCGGCGAGGUCCCGGCGGGGAUGUGGGGGCUGCCGCACGUCAGCUUGCUUGAUCUCAUGGGGAACUCCUUCUCCGGGGUCAUCUCCCCUUCCAUCUCCGACGCUCGCAACCUCUCCAGUCUGACGAUCUCCGACAACCAGUUCGCCGGUGAGAUCCCGGAGGAGAUCGGGGCUCUGACGGGGCUCUACGAAUUCUCUGCUUCCGAUAACCGACUGACUGGGCCCCUGCCGUCGGCGCUGGGGAGAUUGGCCGGCCUGCAGAUUCUCGACCUCCACAACAAUUCCCUCUCCGGCGAGAUCCCCAGGGAAAUCCAAGCAUGGCAGCACCUCAGCGAGCUGAAUCUCGCCGGCAACGGCCUCACGGGUGCGAUCCCGCCAGAGCUCGGGGGUCUGGCUGUUCUCAACUAUCUCGACCUGUCGAAUAACCUUCUGACGGGGAGCAUCCCGCCGGAGCUGCAGAACCUCAAGCUCAAUAUCUUCAACCUAUCCAAUAACCAGCUCUCCGGCGAUGUUCCCCCGCUGUACGCCUCCAAAGGAUAUAGAGACAGCUUAUUGGGGAAUCCCGGCCUCUGCGGGGAACUGCCGGGGCUGUGCCCGGCCUCGUCGGGAGGGCCGGAGGGGAAGCAGCACCUGAUCAUCUUCCUGUUCAUAAUCGCGCUGGCGGUGCUGAUCCUGCUGAUCGGCGUCGUCUGCUUCUAUUGGAAAUACGGAGCUUACCUGAAGGCCAGCCGAUGGGGGAGGAAGAGCAGCAGGAAGAGCUGGAGGCUGACGUCGUUCCACAAGGUGACCUUCCCGGAGCGAGAGAUCCUCGACGCCGCCCUGGACGAGAGCAACCUGAUCGGCGCCGGCGCCUCCGGCAAGGUCUACCGGGCCGUGCUCAGCGACGGCUCCACCGUCGCCGUGAAGAAGCUCUUCCGGCCCGGCAAGAACAACCUGGAGGGGGAGAAGGACGCCGCCUUUGAAGCGGAGAUUGAGACGCUGGGCAGAGUCCGGCACAAGAACAUCGUCCGGCUCUGGUGCUGCUGUACCCACGACGACCACAAGCUCCUGGUCUACGAGUACCUCCCCAACGGGAGCCUGGGGGACCUCCUGCACGGCGGCAAGGCGGGGCGCUGCCUGGACUGGCCGGCAAGGUACAAGAUCGCCGUCGACGUCGCCGAGGGGCUCUCCUACCUCCACAACGACUGCGUGCCGCCGGUCGUGCACCGGGACGUGAAGUCCACCAACAUCCUCCUGGACGCGGACUUCAGGGCGCGGAUCGGCGACUUCGGGGUCGCCAAGGCCGUCGAGGCGGCGAAAUCCAUGUCCGUCAUCGCCGGCUCCCUCGGGUACAUCGCUCCAGGUUCAUCGUCGUCUUCAAGAAUCCCCUGCGUCGUCAGAUCACAAGAUGAAAAUUUUCUUCUUACAUCGGAAAAUAUUGCAGAGUACGCGUAUACCCUGCGGGUGAGCGAGAAGAGCGACGUGUACAGCUUCGGGGUGGUGCUUCUGGAGCUGGUGACGGGGAGGCAUCCCCUGGAAGCCGGCGAGCUGGGAGAGGGGGACCUGGUGAGGUGGGUCCACAGGACGGCGGAGGAGAAAGGGCCGGCGGCGGUUCUGGAUCCCUCUCUCGGGUCGGAGUUCGAGGAGGAGAUGUUCAGGGUCAUCGAAGUGGCGCUUCUCUGCACGAGCAAUCUCCCCAUCAACCGCCCCACCAUGAGCAAGGUGGUGAAGAUGCUGCUCGGCGGUGGCGUGAGCGGCGACGGGAGCGUUGCGGAGCUUGAUGGCGACGAGGGAAUGCCCCCCCAGCCUGCGCCACUGCGAGGGGAGACCGCGUGGGCGUAG